AUGGGAAAAGUGAAAAGAACCUUCAUGGCAGACGAUAAUUUCUCCAUAAUUACUACCGAUCUUGCACUGCUAUUAGUGCUAGUCGCUAUUGUUUCUCUUAGUUUGUUUCCGGAAGCAAUUGCAGAACACCAACGUACGCUAUCUUCGUUGCGCUGGCGCCGCCGCCGAACACCACCGCCCCCGCCCCCGCCACUCUCUGGAGCUUCGAGAGGGUUUCAUUUACCACCUUUCCGAAGCAGAACUAUAUUACGACCACCACCACCUCCAUUACCACCUCAACUGAAGUCACCUAACAUUUCACCGCCGCCGCCACCAUUUCCACCACCACAACCACCGCCACCUCCUCCACCACCACCACAAAUGCCAGCACCUCCCCCACCACAACAACUGACGCCACCUCCACCGCCACCACAACUGCCAUCAUCUCCACCGCCACCACAACUGCCAUCUAUGGCGUAG